CUCUGAAAUCGUGGAAGAAACACGUGUUCACGGAGUUUUAUUGUGAAGUUGGUCGAAUUGGCGUAAAGAGAUCAAACAAAACACAACUGAACGCUAAAUAAUAGCGAAAUAUUUAACGGGAGGAAUCGGUUGAAUUAAACCGCCGCUAUGUUUCUGCAGUUUUACCUGAACGAGAACGGAGAGAGAGUUUACACACUGAAGAAGUGUGAUCCAGAGGGCCGACCCACCAGCUCUGCCCACCCGGCUCGCUUCUCUCCUGAUGACAAGUUCUCCAGACACAGAGUGACCUUGAAGAAACGCUUCGGAUUACUGCUCACCCAACAGCCACGACCUGUCCUGUGAAACUCCUGUGUGUGUCUGUCUGUCUGUGUGUGUGUGUCUGUAAAAUGGCAUCAGAAUCAUUUAUUAGUUUUAGAUCCUCUUAGUAACGUUAACAACAACAACUGUUUCUUUUAAUCUUUCUCUUCCAUCAUUUAUUUUUUGACGAAACCCCCGAUACCGAAUAAAAACAUUGACUUGUAA